AUGAAUCAAGGAUCAGCUUGUAAGAGAAACACUUGCAGUCGAAAUGAUGACACAUGUGAAUGCUAUUUAACAAUAAAUCACAGAUUGACCAUGAUGAAUGAAAAAGAUAAAAUUUUACUUGUACCUUCCAAAGGAAGAUUAUGGCCGUUCAACAAUACAAAUAAAGAAUAUCCCUAUUCCGAAGAAGAAGAAAAGGAGUUCAUUAGUGCAGACGGAUACGGAUCUCGUAUUGUCAUUGCUAUCAAUCGUCGCUUCCCAGGUCCAUCAAUUACUGCAUACGAAAAUCAAAAGAUUAUUGUACAUAUGCGUAAUUUGAUGCACACAGAGAGCACAACAAUACAUUUCCAUGGGAUGCACCAAAAACAGACUCCAUGGUCAGAUGGGGUCGCCUUUGUAACACAGUGUCCAAUUUUACCCGGACAAACAUACACAUACGUUUUUUAUGCAAAGCCAUUCGGCACAAGUUUUUACCACGCACACAUCGGAGAUCAAAGAAGUGCGGGGCUAUAUGGACCGUUAAUCAUAAUACCAUUAUCAUCUUCUAACAUAUCGACGCCUCAAGAUAACAACAACGAAAAUGUUCACACAGUUACAAUUCAGGACUGGAAUCAUUUUGAUGACCCAGAAACAUUGUUCCAACGUUCACGCUUUGGUAUAUUUGACUUGCAAAAAAAUCAGCCUGUUGAUGUCACAUCCGAUAUAUCUGGAGCUAAAUACAGUGGAUUUCACUGUCAUUCUGGUCUUAUUAACGGAAAGGGUCGUUUUUACUCUUCAUUGACUACACAUAACCAAGCACCACUCACCAAGUUUGAUGUCGAACCGAAUAGUGUUUAUCGCUUUAGAGUAAUAAGUGCUGCUACCUUGUAUCCUUUCCGUAUUUAUAUACAAGGCCACAAUGCAAUCCGUAUUGUUGCAUCUGAUGGAUUUGAAAUAAAGCCAAUGGAAGUUGAAUCCUUGAUAAUUCAUCCAGGAGAAAGAAUAGACUUUAUAUUAACUACAGACAAGGUUUCAACAAGAAACUAUCUGUUGAUUGCUGAAACUUUAGAAAAAGAACCGGAAUUCCGAAAUCAAUACCAUGCAGCAGAGGCUAUUAUUCAAUACAAAGAUGUCUCUGAAAAUCUAGAUCCUCCCAAGGCCUCACGAAAUACCUGUACAGAGCAAAACAAAUGUAAAAUAUUUAAUUGCCCUUUCUUAUACUAUCCAAAGUCAGACAACCGAAUAUGCCUUACAUGGAACGAUGCGACAUCAGUAGACCCAAAUUCAAAUAUCAACGAUGUUAAGGGAAAAACCAUCGAACGAUUUUACAAUUUUGCUUUCCCAGGGGAGAAUGAUUUCUUUCCAGGGUCGGUAAACGGACAUCAGUUUCUACCUCCCACUGUAGCAGCAUAUGCCGAAUGGGAUAAAGUUGAACAAAACUGCGGAAAAUGUAAUGAAACAACUAUUUGUGAAUGCACAUACUACGAUACAAUAGAUAGAGGGAAUACUAACCAAAUUUAUCAGUUCGUUCUGACAAACAUUGGAACUGGUGCAGGCUGGUCACACCCAAUUCAUUUACAUGGUCAUUCAUUUUAUGUUAUGAAAAUGGGAUUUGCCUCUUAUAAUUCUACCACUGGUCAAUUGAUAUCGAAUAAGGGGCAAGAUCAACAAGAUAUCGUAUGCCAAGACGGAAAAAACUUUUGUACCAAUGCCCAGUGGCGAAACAUUUCUUGGGCAAACGGCAACCAUCCUGCAUUAAAUUGGAAUAACUCCCCACAGAAAGACACCAUUAUAUUACCAACAGGAGGAUAUGUGAUCAUACGAUUUAGGGCAGACAAUCCUGGAGUCUGGUUCUUCCAUUGUCAUAUAGACAUACAUAAUACAAAUGGUAUGGGUAUGAUGAUCAACGAAUCUCCGGAAUACCAUCAGAAAGUUCCUGAAAACUUCCCAAGAUGCAAGAGCUAUUUAGUGAAAGACGCAACUAGUAAGUUUAUUUCUUAA